AUGGCGGAGGAGUGCCCGCCCACUGGCGGCGCGGAGCUCUGGCUGCCCGACGAGUUCCUGGACGACGACUUCUUCUCCGAGGAGGAGAAGGCGGCGGUCGCGGCCAAGAGCGAGAGCGACGAGGAGGAAGGAGUGGAUGGCCUCUCGCGCCGCGUGGCUGGGCUCGUCGUCGGCAACGGGAAGGGAGGAGGAGGCGACGGUUCCCCUGCAAAGGCGGAAGUGCUGGCCGGCUCGCCGCAGUCGAUUCUGUGCGGCCUGCAUGCUUCCGGGGAGGACAGCCCCAACGGCGCUGCGUCGCAGGUCAGCUCGCCGCCGUCGUCGCCGCUGGAGCAGGCGCCGGCGGAUCCCUGGGACCUGCUGAACGAGGCGGCCGGCCAGGUGGCCCGCUUGCGCACAACCAGCAUCCCCGUGCCAACGAACGCGGUCGCCAAUCAAGGACAGCCCGUCAUGCCGCCGCCGGCAAAGAAGCUCUCUGCGCCGGCCGAGGCUCCGAAGGCUGCCGGUGCCAACCACUCUCAGCCGAAUAACUCGAUGGAACAGCGCCGGAUUCAAAUUGCUCGAUUUAAUGCCCUGAAGCAGCAGCAGCAGCUUCUCAAGCACCAGCGGGAGCGGGAGCUCGCCGUCGCUACGGCGGCGGCGUGGGGCACGCGUGUUGCUGGGUCUCAUCGUGCCGGUGCCGCCGGGUACGGCGCGCCGGCGCCAAAUGUCCUCAGCGCGUCCGCGUGGCCCCCGCUCCAGAAGUCGCAGCAGCAGCAGCAGCAACCGCCGGCGUCACCGGCGGGUAUGCGCGCCCUCUUCCUCACCCCUCCCGGCGCCAAGCGCGAGUGCGCCGGCACCGGCGUGUUCAUCCCCCGCCAUGCCGGCGCCCCCGCCGAGCCCAAGAAGAAGCCAGCGUGCUCCCCUGUUCUUCUCCCGGCGCGCGUCGUGCAGGCACUCAACCUCAACGUCGAGGACCUCGGGGCCCGUCCCAUCUACCCUGGCGGUUUCGUUCUUGAUCACGAUGCACUGGUGAGUCGGAGCAACGCUCUGCUGGCGGCUCGAUCGUCCCAGCUCCGUGGCGCCUCUUCCCGCGAGGUGAAUCUCCCCCAGGAAUGGACGUAUUGA